AUGGCGGCGCCGGCGGCCGCGCCGGCUCUCUACGCGUGCACCAAGUGCAACCAGCGCUACCCGUUCGAGGAGCUCUCGCAGGGCCAGCAGCUCUGCAAGGAGUGUCGCAUCGCGCAUCCCAUCGUCAAAUGCACUUACUGCCGGUCGGAGUUUCAGCAGGAGAGCAAAACUAAUACAAUAUGCAAGAAAUGUGCCCAAAACGUGAAGCAGUUUGGAACGCCCAAGCCUUGUCAAUACUGUAACAUCAUUGCAGCGUUCAUCGGCACCAAAUGUCAGCGUUGCACAAACUCGGAAAAGAAGUACGGGCCGCCUCAGACGUGCGAGCAGUGCAAACAGCAAUGUGCUUUCGACCGAAAGGAGGAGGGAAGAAGGAAGGUUGAUGGGAAGUUACUGUGCUGGCUCUGCACGUUGUCCUACAAGAGAGUACUACAGAAGACAAAAGAACAGAGGAAGAGCCUGGGAUCUUCACAUUCGAACUCCUCAUCCUCAUCUCUCACUGAAAAAGACCAGCAUCACUCGAAACACCACCACCAUCACCACCACCAUCACCGCCACAGCAGUGGUCAUCAUAAAAUCAGCAGUCUGAGUCCAGAACAAGAUCAGGGACUAUGGAAACAGAGCCAUAAAUCCUCUGCAGCUAUUCAGAAUGAAACUCCAAAGAAAAAACCCAAACUGGAAUCCAAGCCAUCAAAUGGAGAUAGUAGCUCUAUAAAUCAGUCAGCAGACAGUGGGGGAACCGACAACUUUGUCCUCAUAAGUCAGCUGAAAGAAGAAGUAAUGUCCCUUAAACGACUUCUGCAGCAAAGAGAUCAGACCAUUUUAGAAAAAGAUAAAAAGUUGACAGAGCUGAAGGCUGACUUCCAGUAUCAGGAGUCAAACUUGAGGACGAAGAUGAACAGUAUGGAGAAAGCUCACAAGGAAACUGUGGAACAGUUGCAGGCCAAAAACAGAGAACUACUCAAACAGGUUGCAGCUUUGUCAAAGGGUAAAAAGUUUGAUAAAAGUGGGAGUAUAUUAACAUCUCCUUGAGGAACUGGUUGUUCAUGGGGUUUACUACUCAAUGUAAAUUUGAGUAAUUCAGUGAAGCCCUUAAAAUCCUGUGUAGUGGAAAAUUAUUUUUGCACACCAGAUUAGUUGGCAUGUUUCCUACACAUUUUUAUAAUUAAUAUGCAGCUUUUUUUAGUUACUGUUCAGAUAAAAUACUUCAACUGGCUUGAAGAAUGUUUUUAUUUUUUUGAUAUUGGAAACUUUUUUGCCAGCAAUAGUAUUAAACAAGUGCAUAGAGAACAUAGCAGUCCUCUCCCUAAAGGACAAAACGCAAUAACAAACCAGGAGUGCGUUCUGCAAAGCAGCAGCUGAAUCUUCUAAGCUCCUGUCAGCCAAAAGUUUGUGAACCUGCAGUGACUCUGAAUACUGGUUUCUGGCAACUGUUCUUUUACUUUGUAUCAAAAUAUAAAUUUAGGGUGGAAAUCAUGGUGCUCUCAAGUGAAACUAAAACCACAUGUAUAUAUUUGUAAAUACAAUUGUAAUGGUUAUAUUCUUAGUUAUAACAAGUAACUAGUGUUUUACAUUCUUGUGAUAGGGUUUUCCUGAAAGAUUAUCUAUUGUACAGUAACAGAGGCAGUGUGUUUUUUGUAAGAUUUACUGUAGAUUUUUCUUGCAAGUGCCUUUCUCCAACUGUUUAUUUAUAGGAAUGUUGGUAUUUUGUACAUAGGGUUUUUUAUGUUUUAAAAUCAUGUUUAAUAAAUGUUUUAUGUAAAUAUAAAUGUGUGUACAGAGGAACCUGAAACAAAGAUCAAAGAGGCUAGGGCAGUGCUUGAAGCAGCAUUAGGAGCUAGCUAAUUGAUGGCAGUGAGUUUUGGCUUUAGAUGACCUUUGUAGACCGUGGAUGUGAGAUGUAGAAUUUUGUUAGUGCUGCUCAUGCCAAACACUUCCUGAACAAAAGACGUGGGGUUUUUUGGCCACACUAGAGUUUAGGAGUUAGUUUUUAUAUUUUUUUCCCUUUGGCACAGUGCUAAUUUUAAUUCCACACCAGAUGUAGUGCUCUAUCAUUAAUUAGUGAUACACACUUUUUAAAAAAAAAAAAAAAUAUUCCAAUUGUCUAAUUUAAUGUACUUGGCUGUAACUUAUGGUGACUCUUAAUGAGCUGCAGGAUUCUUAUCCCCUGAUAAAGAUACUCAAUGAGAAAACAGUAGCCAAAACUGAUGGUCUUGAAAUUAGUUAAGGGAGUGGGCAAGAUGUCAAAUUAAAGGUUUUUGUUUUAAUCUUUUGAUUGGAUUUUGGUUCUAAAUGGCAUCAGUUUAGGUUUAGCUCUGUUCCUAAAGGACAUUAGUCAUAUCCAGAAAUUUCUGUUAAACAUCCCUUAAUAUAUUCCAAGGUUUCUGCUCAGGAAAAUGCAUUACAUAUCAUACAAACUGGAGCAGACUUAUGUGAGUAAAGGUUUUAGUUCAGCUCUGGGUAUUGACUGGUAACAGGGUAUCUGCUUAUAUUUCAGUAAGCUUAAUUGUGUAGACUAAGCUACACAUUUUAAUUAACUAAAAUUACUUGGCUCUCCACCCAUGUUCUGAACUGUGAACUCCUUUUCAGUAGUUCAAAUAAGUUCCAGCACUGACAGACUACUGAAUAAUUUGAAAAUCAAGCUAGCUUGUUUCCUGUUGUUUAUGUGUAUUUUUUUAUACACUAAAAUCAAAUUUAUGCAUUUGUAAAUGUUCUUUAAACUUGCUAAACUAGGGUAGAGAGUGCUGCUAUCCUUUGAGGGUCUUUGUUUUUUUUAAUAUGCAAGUUGGACUUUCAUUAAUUCAGAGUAAUAUUUUGAUACCGGUUUUCUCCAGUUGAAUGGCCACCCGUGUUUGGUGAAUUUGGUUUUAAAACACAGAACUGCAUAGCAAAUGUGUUUGAAUAUAGAAUAAUUUAAUGAUAUCUAUCUAAAUUGCAGUAAGGAUAUUUUGAAGUAACAAACUGAAGUUCCAUAUAAGAAAUAAUUGAUUUUAUAAAUCCCAGUGUGAAAAACAUUUACGGACCUCACGGUAUUUAGUUGUAAGUAAAUAUCUGCUCUUCUUUGUUCUAUAAUCUCAUUUUUUAACUUGAAUUUUUUUAAGUUGUAAACUAGCCAACCGAAUCCCAGUCCUGAAAAUGGUGUCCUGGAGCUGUAGAUUAUUGACAGAAUAAACUGAUGUUCUUUAAACGUGGA